AUGGAUGACCUCGAGUCUUUGGAGCUGUUCUCGCUCGUCUCGCGCGUGACGAACGAGUUCGAGAACCACCUGGGAAUCGCCGACAAGACCCUCGCAGAGUUCGUGAUCGACCAGCACCUCAAAUGCAACGGCAAGUUUUCCGAUUUCAAGAAAUUUUUCGACGACAUGGGCGGCGAAUUCCCGCAGAGUCUCCUGGAGAGUGUCGAUCGCAUGGUGCUCACGAUGCACCCAAAGUACAAGGGAAAGAAAGCAGAGAACGCGAACGGCGCUCCUGAUGCCAACGACGACAUGGAUUUGCUUGACGCUCUGGAACAAAAGUCUCGUGUGUUCAAGGGCCUUGCAGUACCCGAUACGGAGAAACGCUGGGAGGAAGAAGACUACAUAGAUCGCCAAGCGGCAGACGAGGCCGAUGCACAAGCAGGCGCGAUGGACGACACUUUCGCCAUGCUUGAAGGCCUGGCAGGAAAAGCAAAGGAGGACAAACCACAUGCAUCGAGAAACGAUCGCGGGACGAGGAAGCGGAGCCGCAGCCCCGAUUACAACGAUUACGACCGUGGACGGCGCAGAGACAAAUACCGCUCGCGAUCAAGGUCUCGAAGCGCCCCGCGGUAUAGCAAAAACGAUGAUCUCGUAGACGAGUUCGGGAGAUCGAUUGGAAAAUACGGCAACCGGGAAGACAGUCGUCGCAAUGGACACAGUGACCGCCGGAGACGUCGUGAUCGCGACGAGGAUGAUGAUUUCCGUCGUCCUCCGCCUGUUGAGCUGGAUGACCAUCCUGUUCUCUUCAAGAUCUAUGAUGGAACCGUGACCGGUGUGAAAGACUUCGGUGCCUUCGUGAAUCUAAAGGGCGUCAGGGGCAAGGUGGAUGGACUUGUUCACGUUUCAGCAAUGCAAGAAGGAGCACGAGUGAAUCAUCCCUCGGAUUUAGUCUCGCGCGGACAACCAGUCAAAGUCAAGGUGGCUAGUAUCGAUGGCACUCGCAUCGGACUGUCCAUGAAGGAGGUGGAUCAAGUGACAGGCAUGGAUCUUGUUCCCCAGAAACGCCUUGCUUCCGGUGCAAAUAUGGAACGUCUCGAUGGCGGAUUCACAGAUGACAGGUACGGUAGUCUCGGCUCCGAGGUGCCCGUCAUUGAAGGUUCCGGAGGUCGGCCAAUGAGGAACCGAAAGCGCAUGACUUCGCCGGAGCGAUGGGAGAUCCGACAGUUGAUUGCCUCCGGUGUUGCCUCUGCAGCAGAUUAUCCCGACAUCGACGAUGAAUAUAAUGCAACGCUCACCGGCGAAGGCACUUUCGAGGAGGAGGAAGAUAUCGAUAUUGAGGUCAAAGACGAGGAGCCUCCUUUCCUGGCUGGCCAGACGAAGCAAUCCCUCGAGCUUUCUCCCAUUCGUGUUGUCAAGGCUCCCGAUGGUUCAAUGAACCGUUCUGCAAUGGCAGGCACUAACCUUGCCAAGGAGAGACGCGAAUUGAAGCAGCAGGAAGCACAAGACAAGGCAGCCGAAAAGGCGGCGGAUGUCGAUCUCAAUGCUCAGUGGCAGGACCCCAUGGUUGCACCCGAAGAGCGCAAGUUUGCCGCUGAUCUUCGAAGUGCUCAGCAGCCCAAGCAGGACGAGGCUAUACCGGAGUGGAAGAGAGCGACGAUGGGCAAGAACACAUCUUUCGGGAAGCGGACGAACAUGUCCAUAAAACAACAACGCGAGAGCCUGCCAGUCUACAAGUUCCGGAAGCAAUUGCUGGAUGCAGUUAAGGACAAUCAAAUGAUGAUUGUCGUCGGAGAUACAGGUUCUGGAAAGACCACUCAGUUGACGCAAUACCUGGCCGAGGGCGGAUAUGGAAACAACGGAAUAAUUGGUUGCACUCAGCCUCGCCGUGUUGCUGCCAUGUCAGUGGCUAAACGUGUGGCCGAGGAAGUUGGUUGCAAGCUCGGAGCAGAGGUUGGAUAUACCAUCCGUUUCGAGGAUUGUACUAGCCCAGACACCAAGAUCAAGUACAUGACGGAUGGAAUGCUUCAGAGAGAAAUUCUUCUGGAUCCAGACCUCAAGAGAUAUUCUGUCAUCAUGCUCGACGAAGCGCACGAGCGGACAAUCGCGACUGAUAUCCUGUUCGGAUUGUUGAAAAAGACAGUCAAAAGAAGACCUGAUCUCAGGUUGAUUAUCACGUCCGCCACACUGGACGCUGAAAAGUUCUCCGAAUACUUCCACGGCUGUCCCAUUUUCUCCAUCCCCGGCCGGACUUUCCCUGUCGAAGUCAUGUACUCCAAGGAGCCCGAAUCUGAUUAUCUCGAUGCCGCACUCAUCACUGUCAUGCAAAUUCACUUGACAGAACCCCAAGGUGAUAUUCUGCUCUUCUUAACAGGUCAAGAGGAGAUUGAUACGGCAUGUGAGAUCUUAUUCGAGCGCAUGAAAGCUUUAGGGCCUACUGUCCCUGAGCUGAUCAUCUUGCCUGUCUAUUCUGCACUACCUAGUGAGAUGCAGAGUAGGAUUUUCGAUCCUGCACCUCCAGGCGGACGUAAAGUCGUUAUUGCAACCAACAUUGCGGAGACCUCGAUCACAAUUGAUCAGAUUUACUACGUCAUUGAUCCCGGUUUCGUGAAGCAGAACGCCUACGAUCCAAAGCUCGGCAUGGAUUCUCUUGUGGUGACCCCGAUUUCCCAAGCGCAGGCAAAGCAAAGAGCUGGCCGUGCCGGAAGAACUGGACCUGGAAAGUGUUUCCGAUUGUACACGGAGGCUGCCUACCAGUCUGAAAUGCUUCCAACAACGAUUCCCGAAAUUCAACGUCAGAACCUCUCACAUACCAUUCUUAUGCUCAAGGCAAUGGCACUCGAAGAACUAUAUGCCUUGUCAGCACUUGAUGAUGAGGGUCUUUUGACUCGACUCGGACGAAAGAUGGCCGAUUUCCCCAUGGAGCCUGCGCUUGCCAAGGUGCUCAUUGCAUCUGUGGAUUCGGGCUGCUCCGAUGAAAUGCUUAGCAUUGUCGCCAUGCUGUCAAUCCAGUCUGUCUUCUACCGCCCCAAAGAAAAGCAGCAACAAGCAGACCAGAAGAAGGCCAAAUUCCACGAUCCGCACGGCGAUCAUUUGACCCUGCUUAAUGUCUACAAUGCAUGGAAGCACGCAGGUUUCAACAACUCCUGGUGUUUCGAGAACUUCAUCCAAGCACGACAGAUCAAGCGCGCCAAAGAUGUGCGCCAGCAGCUGCUGGGCAUCAUGAAUCGCUACAAGCACCGGAUUGUCUCUUGCGGCCGGGAUACCAUCAAAGUGCGACAGUCCCUGUGCACCGGCUUCUUCCGCAACGCAGCGCGCAAGGACCCCCAGGAAGGAUACAAGACCCUGGUGGAAGGAACACCUGUGUAUAUGCACCCCAGCUCCGCGAUGUUUGGCAAACCGGCCGAGCACGUCAUCUACCACACCUUGGUCCUCACGAGUAAGGAGUACAUGCACUGUACCACUGCCAUUGAGCCGAAAUGGCUCGUGGAAGCGGCGCCUACUUUCUUCAAGGUUGCACCUACGGAUCGAUUGUCGAAGCGUAAGAAGGCGGAGCGCAUCCAGCCUUUGCACAACCGCUUUGCUGGCGAAGACGAUUGGCGUAUCUCUGCCCAGCGGCGGCAGGGUAGAGGUGGUGGUGGUGGAACUUGGGGUUGA